AUGAGUCGGCAACUGAACAUCAAGUCUGGUGGUGACAAGGGUGGCUUCAGUGGGCGCUCAGCAGUGGUGCUGAGGAAGGCUGUGGGCAGUGCAUCUUCUUACCGUGCAGCUGGCAAAGGACCUGGGGCUGGCUUUGGCAGUCGGAGCCUCUACAGCCUUGGAGGGAAUCGAUGUAUUUCCCUCAACAUGGCAGGUGGUGGUGUUCGGAUUGGAGGUUAUAGCUUUGGGCCUGGCUCUGGGUAUGGAGGGGGCCGGGCCACUGGCUUUGCUGGAAGCAUGUUUGGCAGUGUGGCCUCAGGGUCUGUGUGCCCAUCCAUGUGCCCACCUGGGGGUAUCUACCGGGUCACCAUCAACAAGAGCCUCCUGGCUCCCCUCAACGUGGAGCUGGACCCUGAGAUCCAGAGAGUGCGCACCCAGGAGCGGGAGCAGAUCAAGGCUCUGAAUGACAAGUUUGCCUCCUUCAUUGAUAAGGUGCGGUUCCUGGAGCAGCAGAACCAGGUGCUGGAGACCAAGUGGGAGCUGCUGCAGCAGCUGGACCUGAGCAACUGCAGAAAGAACCUGGAGCCCAUCCUCGAGGGCUACAUCAGCAACCUGCGGAAGCAGCUGGAGAUGCUGUCCGGGGACAGGGUGCGGCUGGACUCAGAGCUGAGGAGCGUGCGGGACGUGGUGGAGGACUACAAGAAGAGGUAUGAGGUGGAGAUUAAUCAGCGCACAGCAGCUGAGAAUGAUUUUGUGGUGCUCAAGAAGGAUGCUGAUGCAGCCUACACAGUGAAGGUGGAGCUCCAGGCCAAAGUAGAUUCUCUGGACAAAGACAUCAAGUUCCUCAAGUGUUUGUAUGACACGGAGAUGGCCCAGAUUCAGACUCAUGCCAGUGAAACCUCAGUCAUCCUGUCCAUGGACAACAACCGGGACCUGGACCUGGACAGCAUCAUUGCCAAGGUCCGAGCUCAGUAUGAGGAGAUCGCCCUGAAGAGCAAGGCUGAGGCCGAGGUGCUGUACCAGAGCAAGAUCCAAGAGCUGCAGCUGGCAGUAGGCCGACAUGGUGAUGACCUCAAACACACCAAGAACGAGAUGUCAGAGCUGAACCGGCUCAUCCAGAGGAUCCGGUGUGAGAUUGCAAAUGUAAAGAAGCAGUGUGCCAACCUGGAGAUGGCCAUCGCCGAUGCUGAGCAGCGGGGCGACUGUGCCCUGAAGGAUGCCUGGGCCAAGCUGGACGAGCUGGAGUCCGCCCUGCACCAGGCCAAGGAGGAGCUGGCCCGGAUGCUGCGCGAGUACCAGGAGCUCAUGAGCCUGAAGCUGGCCCUGGACAUGGAGAUCGCCACCUACCGCAAGCUGCUGGAGGGCGAGGAGUGCAGGAUGUCUGGUGAGAAUCCAUCCUCUGUGAGCAUCUCCGUCAUCAGCAGCGGUGGGAGCGGCUACUACCAUCCCAGCUCUUCCUCUAGUGCCGACGCCAGGGCCAGCAGCGUGGUGGGCAGCUACAGCAGCUCUCGGGCUGGGCAGUCCAGGGCCAAAGAGGCCCGUGGGGGAGACCUCAAGGACUCCCAAGACCUCAAGGGCAAGAGCACCUCUGCCAGCACCCCAGCCAGAAAAGCCGCCCGAUAAGCCCGAGGGCCCACUCCCCUCAGGAUCUGGGAGAAGAGAUGCCCUUGCAGCCGCCACCAAGCCCAGAGAUGUCUGCUGUUCUCCAUCCUCAACCCCCUGAGUCCUGGACUGUCUGUAGUGUACUUGACCACCUGUGCCUUGGUCCCCCUCGCUGUCCAGCUCUGACUGGCACCAUCGCCUCUCUAUCCUCUCAGGUCCCAUGUGGACACUGACUUCUUGUUUUCCUUACUGCUUUCAGCUGGCAGAAGGCUUUGGGACCCAGGCUAUAAUUGCCUUCUUGGCUCUGGGAAGUUAUGGUCCUCCCCAGAGGGAGAGAAGAGGAGGGAGGCGGAGAGGGAGGGGAAGAGGAAUAGUCUUGUUUGGGGCUUAGGCUGAAUCAGCAGGUGUCUGGGAAGUCCCCCCCCCCCCACUCCACAACCCCAGCUUCGGGGGUGAGGAUGAAGGUGUGUUCCUGGGAGGGGCACGAUCAGCCAGGCUUUGCCUGUCCCCUCUGAAAGCUCUUUGCUGAAUGACUCCUUUAUUCAGGAGAAAAGGUGUGUAUGCUCAGACCACCAGCUGUACCCAGCUUCACAAAGCCAAGUGACAGAGAACUGGGGGUUUCCUGCCACCUUGUGUCACCCACCCACUCUACUACUGGUAAGAGCUACUACCCUAUGAUAAGCAGCUGCUAUGUGCCAGGCUCCCUGCAUGCAUUGCCCCUUGUGCUUACCCAGCCUGCAAGGUGGGUGCAGUCAGCAACCUCAGGACAGAGGAGAAGUCCCAGCCUCCAAGAGAGAGGCUGCAGAACCCAUCCCUGUCACCCACUAAGUUCCCCAGGCUGGGAGUAGAGCCCAGGUCUAGCUGACUCCACAGUCUAUGUUCUUUCCAUGGCAUAUCACUGCCUCUGUAACAGAGGGAAUUGUUUCAAACACUAGGUUUUUUGAUGAGGGCAACAUGAUUAUGUUACCUUUUUGUCAAGGACUAUGGUAUGUGAUGUAUCUUUAGUCCUCUUGCUAGGGCCGUAUCCUGCAGUGCUUGUGAUCCUCCAUUCCUGUUGCUAUGAGCUGUGUUCAGUGAGGGGAGCUUGAUCCAUCUCUGGUGGCACUGUCCAGCCUGGAAGUCAUGGCUUUUGGUGUAAAUAUUCCCAAGAAUGGCAACACCCAGUCCCUCCAUCACUUGAGUUAUGGACUCAGGAUUUCUGCUGUACAUUCA